AUGCAGCUCAUGAGAUGGAGCAUCACGCGCCGUCUCGAUUGUCGUGGAAUCAAGCAGACCGUUUGCAGGCCCUCCAGACUCUCGUGUCCCCGAUCUUCCGGAGAAGAAAAUGACUUCAUAUCAGAUGGUGAAGAAAGUGGCGGUGAAGGGGGCAGAGGAAACGAAGCCGUGGACCUCACUGCACCCAGAUCACAUCAGGGCGACGAAGACGACAAGGAUCAAGACGAUGCUUUGGAAGAGGAGGAAGAGGAAGGCGUCGACGAACAGGACGACCAGGAGGAGGACGAAGAAGGAUCGCGAAAGCAAAUGCGUCAUCGACAGGACGCGGAGAACAACAACAACUUUGUGGAGAGCGGUGGAUCCGGAAAUCUGUUCCCGCCCGCUGGGACUAGUCACGUUACCUUGGAAGCUCUUCAGAACACGAAAGUGGCGGUUGCCCAGUUCGCAGCGACGGCAUUGGCUGGUGGCGCGGACAGCGAGGCGGCUCUGCAGGACCUGGCGCUGUUACAAAGUACGUUGUACACCCUUCAGCAUCAACAGGUGUUCCAGCUACAGUUGAUCAGCCAACUUCAACAACAACUGUCCAUCACGCACAGCCAGACCGUGCACCAAGCUUUAGGCGAACCGUCGGAUAGCAAAGAAGUAUCUCCGUCUCCCAUCAUCCAACCGAAACCACUGUCAAGCUUGACGCCGCCUCCGUCGUCGCAUCCACCGAGUCGCCAGCAGAGCUCGCCAGCCCCCAUGACACCGAAUCUGUCCCAGGAACGGCCAACACCGACCAGCAGCGCUUCGCCAUUGAAUCUUCCGAUGCCUUCGUCGAACGCGACGGGUACGACAGCGACCACCAGUAACAGCCAAAUGCCAAUAUCCCAUCAAAUGCCGCCGCUCUGCUCGAUCAGUUCUUCCCUAGCCUCGUCGAUAAUAACGAACACCGAUCCACCGCCGUUACACGAACCAAACACCCUGGAGAUGCUGCAGAAGAGAGCCCAAGAGGUGUUGGACAAUGCUAGCCAGGGUCUGCUGGCCAACAACCUGGCCGACGAACUCGCGUUUAGGGGCGGAAAGGGUUCCCGUCUCUCCCCGUACGACUCAAAGUCUGGUAGCGGUCGCGGGGAACCGUUCUUCAAGCAUCGAUGCCGGUACUGCGGCAAGGUGUUCGGCAGCGAUUCAGCGCUUCAGAUCCACAUACGAUCGCACACAGGUGAGCGACCCUUUAAAUGCAACGUCUGCGGCAGCCGCUUCACUACAAAAGGGAACUUGAAGGUCCACUUCCAGAGGCAUACGGCCAAGUUUCCACAUGUUAAGAUGAAUCCGAAUCCUGUUCCGGAACACCUGGACAAGUACCACCCACCCCUGCUACAACAGAUCGCCUCUGGUCAGAGACCAAUGCCGUCCCCACCGCCGCCGUCACCUUCUCAUCAUCCCUCUUUUCACCCAGCGGCGGCGCACGGUUUUUUACCUCCUCAGCCACCCUUACCACUCAGUUUAGCCCUGCCCGGUAUGCCACCCUUGUAUAGAUCGCCAGUCGUUGCCCAUCGGGACGAUCAGGACGUCCCGGAGAACUUGAGUAAGCCCGUAACCACUGCCUCGAUCACGUCUCCACAUUCCCCUACGAUUGUGUCGAACUCUCGUCAUUCUUUUCACGAUAAUCACCAACAACAAAAGCAGCACAUAGAGCAAAGGGACGAGAUCAAGCUCGAGCAACGGUUGCCUAUGCAGGAACAGUACCAGCAACGGCCCAUCAGUCAGGAACUCGCUGAGAGGAUAACGCCGAAGAAAGAACCGGAGGAGACCGAGGAUCCCACCGAGGAGGAGAUCGAGGAUUUCGAGGAAACGACCAGACGGUACUUGAAUUCGCCUCAAUCCUCCGUCAAUCCGCUCUCUCAGCCGCAAACCUACGAAGACUGCAGCAUGGAUAGCAAGAUCAGUGGGCGGCUUGAAGGGGACGGUGACAUGGAGGUCGACGAAGAGAUCGAGGAACAACCGGAGAAUUUGUCCGGCCGAGGAACCAUAAGUCGUCUGCCUCAGCAGAUCGUUGCCUAUCCCGGAGCGUCUCCUGCCAGCAGUAGCGCGAGCAGCGGAAGCCUGCAAACGUCCUUCGCGGGGAUUCUCUUCCCAGGGCCACCCGCGCAUCAUCAGAUUCCUCACCACGUUGGUUCGACGACCAUGAACGCGCCCAUUGUCUCGACCAGCGACAUGAUCGAUCCGGCGAAGGAUCCAGCCAUCUAUUCCAGCUUGCUGCCACGGCCGGGCAGCAACGACAAUUCCUGGGAGAGCUUGAUCGAGAUCACCAAGACUUCGGAAACGUCGAAAUUGCAGCAGCUGGUCGACAAUAUCGAGCACAAGCUGACCGAUCCUAAUCAGUGCGUGAUAUGCCACAGAGUGCUGUCCUGCAAGAGCGCCCUCCAGAUGCACUACAGGACCCACACCGGCGAGCGACCGUUCAAAUGUAAAAUUUGCGGUCGCGCGUUCACCACCAAAGGCAACCUGAAGACGCACAUGGGGGUGCACAGGGCGAAACCGCCGCUCAGGGUGCUUCACCAGUGCCCGGUCUGCCACAAGAAAUUCACGAACGCGCUGGUGUUGCAGCAACACAUACGGUUGCACACCGGCGAGCCGACGGAACUCAGCCCGGAACAGAUCCAAGCUGGCGAAGUGAACGAAUUUCCGCCGGGUUAUCCCCACCAUCCGUUGGCGUCGUUUCUCCCGCAGGGCUUCCCGCCGAUUCAUCCCGCUGGAACGGGGUUCCCGUUAAGUUUCCCGCCGACCAGGCAACAGACCAUGGAACGACAGCCGCAGGAGAACGACAUGGACGCGAAGGAGGACCUCCACCAGCAACACCAUCAGCACCAGCAGCAACCGCAACAGCAGCAAAGGUACAACGCUGAGGAUCAGAGCGAGGAGGCGGACGAUCAGGAGGACGAGGAGGAGGACCGCAGGGAGGAGGAGGAGCGUUGCCACGCGAUCCGCGACAGUCGCGACGACCAGGAGGACGAACAGGAUCGCGAGAGCGAGGAGAACGAGCAAAAGGACGUUUCUCUGCCCAGUUUCUCGACUUCUCUCGCUGCUCUUGAGAAUCAGGUGCGAACUAUUACCACGAUAGCGACGUCGACGGCGAACACAGCGAGGUCGCCGCCAUUUCACCGAUACAACGGCAGCGAGAAGAGCAAUAGCCCGUCGAAUGCCGGCGCGCCUCUAGACCUGACGCCCCGUGCAUCCUCGACGCCAGCUUCGGUGGCAUCGGUACCAACGCCGCCCCCGCAGACCGCAAUACACCACCCACACCCCUUCGGCAUGUUCGCAGGCCUCUUGCAAGCGGUCUCCUCGUCGCCAUCCACCAGCAGCAUAGGAUCCUCGAUAAAUACUAUCAAUUCGAUGAACGACAUCGCUCCGGGUUCCGGCGCCGCUGGACCGUUGGCCUCGCUUACCACGUCGGCCGUACUCGCUGCCACCUCGACAUACAACCCGCUCGGCCUGGCUGUCGGAGGGCCAGCAGUGCGUGGAAACACCACAUGUAAUAUCUGCUACAAGACAUUUGCGUGCAACUCCGCGCUGGAGAUCCAUUAUCGAAGUCACACGAAGGAGCGACCUUUCAAAUGCAGCAUUUGCGACAGAGGCUUUUCCACGAAGAACGACGGUUCCGGGCAGCAAGCAUGCAUCUGUACAUCUCAACCGUUGCUCGAUAACAGUUCGAUCACUUCACCCGAUUCCCAAUAUCGAUCAUCGUGCGCCAGUAAUCGAGAGAAACCGAAACGCAGGCGGCGGCGGCCUGAGGAGCGGAAGACCCGGGGGCGGAGAGGAGCCGGAGGGGGGCGGGGGCUGACACCUGUCUAUCCUGCCAUCCGCCUACCCCCGUUGAUGUCACCCGCCCUCGGACUUCUACCCUCGGCGCACAGCCUCCUGGGGAACAUGAAGCAGCACAUGCUGACACACAAGAUCCGCGACAUGCCGCCCCAUCUGUUCAGCGACUCGAAGCAGCAUCAACAACAGCCGCAGGAGCACGAGAACUCGAGGAGUCCGAUGUGCGCGGACGAUUCGAGCUUGCCGCCGCCGCCGCCGCCUCCGCCGCCCCCUCCGCCGAUGCCGCCUACGACCAUGGAGCAAACGAUUUCUAUAAAAAGAUCUCCGCCCGAAGGAGACCUGCCAGCGCCAAAGAGACCAGCCAGCGUGCCGAGCAAACACUUGUGCCAGAUUUGCAAUAAGAAUUUCUCCUCAUCUUCGGCGCUCCAGAUCCAUAUGAGAACUCACACGGGAGACAAACCGUUCAGAUGCACCGUCUGUCAGAAGGCCUUCACCACCAAGGGUAAUCUCAAGGUGCACAUGGGCACUCAUAUGUGGACCAACGGAGCCUCUCGGCGAGGCCGUCGAAUGUCGCUGGAUCUACCUCCUCUACCUAUUACACCCAAGGAUUCGGAGUUUCUCCAACGACGGCCGGAUCUCUUUUACCCGUAUCUACCCGCGCCAUUCCUUAACGGCGUACAGCAAAAACUGAACGAGAUAUCGGUGAUCCAAAGUAACAAUGGAUUACCGAGUCACUCGGUGGCUACUGGAAAGUACGCCGGCUUGUUCGGUUCCGUGUACGCGACGGGAGCUGGUUUUCCUCUGGACAAGCAGCCAAUGGCGCCUACUAGCAACGGUCCGCUCGUUGACGGGAAGUCCUCGAUCCCGUCGGGGUCUAUGCUGUUCCAAACGCCGUCGCCAUCCCAUUCCCCCGGCACCCCGUCGUCCAACGGCAGCAAUCAAAACUCCGCCAACGUUCCGACGUGGACGGGCGACGCUCUGCAACAUCACUUCGACAGGGAGCCACCCAGCAGACCGGAAAGCAACUCUACGCCACCUUCGACUCGGCUUCAGCCACCGUCAGCGGCCAGAGGCGAGGGACUAGCCACGUGA